GUCACCUCAGACAGCGCACACACAGGACACAUGGUCCCCAGCCCGGGGCACCUCUGUGCCAACAUGGCCCAGACAGGUGUCUCCCUCCGCAUCCCUGGGUACCUCACCUCUGCCCCGCAAGCCACCCUGCUCCUCAGCCUGGUCCUGGCCUCCUUCCACUGGUCCUGCAGUACAGAAGCCAGCAGCGGCAAUUCAACCCUGAGUACACACCCUGGGACCCUGGAGCAGUGUGCCAACGUGGACUUCUGCCCACUAGCCUCCCUGUGUUGCCGAGCUUCGGUGGAUGAAUAUGGCUGGAUUGCAGCGGCGGUUGGCUGGAGUCUCUGGUUCCUCACCCUCAUCCUGCUCUGUGUGGACAAGCUGAUGAAGCUAACCCCAGAGGAGCCCAAGGACCUGUCGGCAUGAGCACAGAGCCGUGGCCCCAACGAUGGCUAUUCCCACCACGUGUGGGUAACGGAGGGAGGGGCAGGAGCUUUCCAGAAGCUUCUGUCACUUUAAAGUCUCUUGCUCCUCGAAGUCUCUGGCUCCUUUACUAUGGAUUUGGCGCUGCCGAGCAAACCCACACCCUUGCGUAAGCUACACAUGCACUUUGCCAUGGAGCACCUCCUCAUCGCUGCACACCCACGUCAGCCACUUUUCCAAAGGGAAGAAAGCAAGCGAGGCCAGAGCUGUCUGAAUGACCUCCAUCUUUCAGAGUCCCUGUGGUGAUGCCCCUCUUCUACCCCGAGCUUUCUUCUGGGUGCACAUGAGACUUAAGGCAGUCUUUUAGUGGACAGAUUUGAAAAGCAGGACAUUGGCUCCACCUCCUUCAGACAAAGGGCAUAGCAAUCAUCUUGAAGUGUGAGCCGCACCCCACUCAUCCUGCUCCCCCCUCCACACUCCCAUCUUUCUUCACCAUAUCUCCCAUGGCUGUCCAGUCCCACCUAUUUGAAUUAUUCAUUUUCGAGGGUAUGUGUGUGUGCUUGCCUGAGUUCAUGUGCACGUGCACACAGUGCUCUUAGAGGGCGCCAGAUCCUCUGGAACUGGAGUUACAGAUGGUUGUGAGCAGCCAUGUAGGUGCUUAGACUGAACCCAGGUCCGAUGCAAGAGUAACAAGCGUUCUUAACUGCUGAGCCAUCUCUCCAGCCUCAAGUACUGUUUUUUGUUUUUUUUUUUUUUUUUUUUUUUUAAGAGAUGAGA